AUUUGGAGAGCCUCGGGCCAACAGAGAGGGCCAUCUGAGCCAAAACCUCCACACAAACAUCAUGGCCAAGAUAAUGCAAAGGCGAAGAAGACAGAAAAGAGCCCGCUCCCAGAGAGGUGAGCUUCCUCUUAGCCUUGUAGAUCGUUUCCUACGAGAGGAAAUCCAUUCCAGUCGCCUGAGUUCUUCCGCACUUCCAUUCCUCACGAGUGUGCUCGAGUACUUAACAUCGAACAUCCUCGAACUGGCUGGUGAGGUGGCCCACACCACUGGCAGGAAGUGCGUAGCUCCAGAGGAUGUACAUCUGGUGGUACAGAACAACGAACAGCUCCGCCAACUCUUCAAAUCAGGUGGCACAUCAGUGAAUGAGCCACCAGAACCUGAUGACAACUGAUGAUGCCUGGGUCUCAAGAGUCUGGAGGUUCACCGCACCUUCAGCCUCACCCUGCCCCAGUGUCCUAUUAGCUGGGGGAGCAAAUCAAGCAUGCUAUUAAAGCAUCUAAAUCGAAUCCA